AUGGAGCGUGUACGAGCAGGUCCGGACACCGUCUUCAACGAAAUGAUGGCUGUUAAUGAAGACCUCCAGCUUCCAUACACCAUGGAUGCUCAUCAAUUAAGCAAUCCUUACCAAGCCAAGGUUCUUAGAACAGAUGUCAACCGUGCCAUUCCUUCAUAUAUCCCAGAGUUGUUGGAUGAAUCCAAACUUGCUUUCGAAGAUGCCUUCAAGGUCACAGAUACCGUACUUGGAAUUGCUGACAUUGAGGUGUUUGAUACCAUGACACACUUGAUUGCGCGAAUCAGUAAUCGUGUGAUCUUUGGAAAGGAUUUAUGUCGAAACCAGGAAUUCCUUCGCGCAACUGUGCGAUUUGCAGAGACGACGCCACUGAUGGCUCCAUUUAUUCAAUGGAGUCCGUUGUUCUUCCGUCCAUUUGUAUAUUUCUUACUUUCAUCAAUCCUGGGAGGCAAAAGAGCACCACUCAAAAUUUUGGUACCUUUUUUGAACCGUUACAUGAAAGCUCGCCAAACGAUGACGGAAAAGCCUAAUUUAGUCUCAGAAUUUCUAAUUCAGAAUGCGCCUCCACAAGAAACAGUUGAAGGUAUCGCGGUCCGACUUUUGAACAUCAAUUUUGGGAGCAUACACACUUCGUCUAUCUUUAUUACACAAACUCUUUUCGAGAUCGCGUUGCUUAGGCCUGAAGAGGUUGAAGGCAUGCGGUCUGAAGUCGAAGACGCGCUGGAGUCCGAGGGCGGCUGGAAUAAGGCAGCUGUGGACAGAUUCUAUAAGAUCGAUUCGGCACUACGGGAGGUCGGAAGAUAUCACGGAUUGAUGCAUUUUGCCCUUCCUCGCUACGCGAUAGUGGGAUGUGAGCUUGCAGAUGGAAAAUUUGUCCCCCCGGGUUCUCGCAUUGCAAUUGACAUGAAAGCAAUACAUUUCGAUGCUGACAUUUAUCCGGAUCCUAACCGUUGUGAUCUCUUUCGCUUUUCCAACAUGCGGGAGAAGAACGGCUCAGGUAAUUCAAACCAUGGGUUCGCAACAGUGGAUUCAUACUAUCUCCCGUUCGGUGCCGGACGCCAUGCUUGUGCAGGUCGUUUCUUCGCCGCUGUGGAGCUGAAGAUCAUGCUUGCCCACAUUCUCCUCGAAUACAACAUCAGUUACCCACACAAAGUCAAUGAGCGACCUAGGAAUAUCAUUUUCAAUGGAGCAAUCAUUCCGGAUAGUAAAGCUCGUUUGGUCUUCAAGCGUAGAAAGAUGUAA